GGAGGUGUGUUCUGUAGAGACUGGUUCUCUCUUCUUCUUCUUCUUCUUCUUCUUCUUUUUAAGUUUCAUUUUUGAACAGCAAACGGAGAACCUUUCACGUUGGUGCUGCUGCUCCAGCUGCGCGUGUGUGUGUGGUAAAAAGGAUGGUGUUUCUCUAGCUGCCACGCACAAAACAACACAUUUGACCAUGAGGACUCUUCGCAGGUUGAAGUUCAUGAGUUCGCCCAGCCUCAGUGAUCUGGGUAAGAGAGAGACGGGAGCCUUGGAUGAGCGGGAGACCCAGCAGCGCCGGGCCUGCUCCAACGCCACUUGGAACAGUAUCCAUAAUGGAGUAAUAGCAGUGUUUCAACGAAAAGGCCUUGCAGAACACGAGCUUUACAGUCUCAAUGAAGGAGUCAGGCAGCUGCUGAAAACUGAGCUGGGAUCCUUUUUUACUGAAUAUUUACAGAACCAGCUGCUUACAAAAGGCAUGGUGAUCCUGAGGGACAAGAUCCGGUUUUACGAAGGACAGAAACUGUUGGAUACCUUGGCUGAAACAUGGGAUUUCUUUUUCAGUGAUGUCCUGCCCAUGCUUCAGGCUAUAUUCUAUCCUGUGCAGGGAAAGGAGCCAUCUGUCCGCCAACUGGCCCUGUUGCACUUCAGGAAUAUUAUAACUCUCAAUAUUAAAUUGGAAGAUGCUUUGUCGCGUUCCCGAGCGAGGGUCCCUCCUUCCAUUAUUCAGAUGUUACUUAUCCUACAGGGUGUUCAUGAAUCAAAAGGAGUGACCGAAGACUAUUUAAAACUGGAACACCUGUUGCAGAAGGUCGUUUCCCCUUACUUGGGCACGUAUGGCUUGUACUCCAGUGAUGGACCUAUCUCACACUCUUCAUGUAUUCUAGAAAAGCGUUUCUUUCGACGCUCUAAAUCAGGGGAAAUCCUUGCCAAGAACCCUGUGGUGAGAUCCAAAAGCUACAACAAUCCCUUGCUGACCCCAGUCGCUGAGUACGAAACGGAGGGCACUGCCCCCAAUGGCACUGGCAUCCGACGACACUCUGUUUCUGAAAUGACUACCUGCACAGAGAUGCAGAGCUACUCCAAUCUCACCACCAUCACGGACAAUGGUUCCAAGAGUUCGAUGGUCACCAUGAAGAACUCACAGUCUGUAGAAUCAGAGAGGCUCUCUGCCGGCUCUGUGCAAUGCACCAGCAACCUCAAUGCAUCUGAACAACAAAGAGGACUCUGUUACCCAAGAGAUGACCGGAACAGGCCAUUUGAACUGGCCAGGGACUCAGACUUGAUAGCCAUAGCACCUACAGCCAGCCCUGAGAAUAUAGUAGACCAGAUUUUGGAGUCUAUUGAGUCAGAUUCUGAUGGGAUUUUCAUUGAUUUUGGCCAAAGCUGCUCCAGUUCAUCAGGGUACAAUGUGGAUGUGAGCAGACAGAGCAUUGUUUGAAGGACUUGGGAUAAGAAUCCUAGUUUGGGCUUUUGAAUUCAACCGAAGCUCUUUUAUUGGAUGAUGUGAGAGGCUCAUCUGAAAUUCUUGAGUAACUAGAGAUUCAGAUAAAGAGAAUGCCUCUCAGACCAGAGAUAAUGUAAGAGGGAUAUACAGAAAAAAUGGAUUAUCGUGGUGUGGAUCAUGGUGAGACCAGCGAACCUUUAGUUAUUGAAGUGUCUCUGCCCAUUCUGCUGGCUUCAGUGGAGUUUGCCAGGUUGCAUCAGUUGCAUAAAACUGAUAGUUCAUAAAAACCAUACUCAGUUCCAUCGGUGGCCAACCUGGGGCCUAGGUAGCACCUAGGACAAGAGGCGGCAGGCAUUUGUGGGAGACCUGGACUGGAGUAUGGGGACGCAGCAGCCUGGGAUGUGAUAUAACAUUAGGCACUUCCUCCAGCCUGCCUCUGCCCUGCUAUAUUGCUGCCUGCUCCGUGGCUUAACAGACAAGAAGCAGAACACCUGAGGGGGGCUGCAUGUGUACCGUAGUGCCCACUAGACCGCACUCUCUCCCACUCUGGACUUGACUUGUGGCACCCUUGCCAGAGAGGUUGGCCACCACGGUUCUAUUCCCUUCCCACCGAUCCACCACUUAGGCCUGAUUGCUGUGUUACCCACAAGGUCCUGUGUUACCCACAGGGUUGGGUCCCAGGCUACUGGGUGUCAGUGAUUAGGACCCACCUGUGACUAGGGGAUGGCGUGGCUACUACUUUGGGAAGUACCCAUGCCAUUCUGCUAGCUCACCUAGUGCUUGGGUGAUAUAGAAAGGUAAUAAUUCAAUACAUUCCUGUUGCCAGAUGUUGCCAGUGUACUGUGGGCCCAAGAAGAUGGAAGCGGGACUCACUCUGAACAGGCAGGGUAUGAAUUGGGCUUGAGAAGGACGUGUCUGCAUAAGAGUGUCCAGUACUCCCAGUGGUGAGAGUUUAGCAUAAAAUUAAAAGUGCAGGGGAAAGUUUCAGAAAGGACAGGGCUAUUGGGGCAGGGUGAUUUCCAUGCCACUGUUGUAGUGGAAGAAGGAAUUCACUCCUAUUUGACCCACCUGCAGGGCAGGCAAACAGGGAAACAGGAUGGGACAGAACACAGCAGACCAGAGGCACUGAAAGAGCAAAUCAAGGGGCGGGUGAAUGUGCUCCCAUCUUCCCUCGAUUUGCCAUCAAUGGAUUACUCGGCCCUGAUGUAGAUGGACUAUUUGAACUGACCCCCUUAAAAACCUACUGAGCUUGAUUCAUGUCAAAUUAAUCACAUUGAAAUCGACGGGACCCUAACAUAAUGAACCCAACACAACUACAGUUUGAAGUGGUGGUGUGUGCGGUGAUACGAAAAUUAUAUUUGUGGUGCUUGAUCAUUCAUACUUGCAGGUUACCGUUUAUUGUUACAGUCAUCCUGUAAUGACCAUGCAUAUGUGAAACAGCCCCCAACAUACACACACACACACACACACACACACACACACACACACACACUUAUCUGAGAAUGCUGCGUGUAAACAUUAGGGCUGUGCAAAUCCGACCGUUGGAUUUGAACACUUGAAUCUCGACGGCCAUUUUAGGAAGGAUCCGCCAUUUUCUCUCACAGCCCUAAGCCCCCGUACAGCCUACAACUCCCAGCAUGCAAUGGUUGGGAGGGCUGUACUUACUGGAGCCCAGGAGCAGAGACCAUACAUGUCCUCACUCGAUCGCCCUAGUAAACAUGUCCAUGGACAUCUUGCUGUCUUUGAAUGUUCCUGAAAAUGGGAAACUUGUCUCCUUUGUCAAUAAGGAGAUAAGCUCACAUGUCCCACCAGGCUAAAGAAGCCUCUUGAAUAGGUCCAGCCCCACCUUCCCCAGCCCGGUCCUCCCAGGUUUGUUGGACGGCCACCCCACUCAUUUCUAGCUCGCAUGACCCUUGGCACCAAGUUGGGAAAGGUAGACCUAGUCCUUCAUUCUUCAUCCCUUCCAAACACUUCCAUGAAAGCCACGAGUGCUCUGCAGAAGUUAACAUGGCUUUAGGGCUCAAAAGUAAGAGAAGUUUGCUUUCAUUUUUAAAGAGGUUGUGCCAAAUAGAGCAGAAUCUGAUGAUUUAUAGUGACCAUUUUUAACAUUUUCUCUCAGUACAUCAAGCACUCCUUUUACCGAUCAACGAGUGAAAGUUGGGGGGGGGAUAAUAAAAUAAAUAAUGUGCUAUAUAACGUG